AUGCUGGUGCAGUUGCUGAAGAGGGCCCGUCCGGAAGACUUCAGGGCAUUUGAGGAUUUCGCCAGGUGGAGGGAUGUGCUUGCGCACGUGCUGGCGGACAACCUCGGGGCGCCGCAGGAUGAGGGAGCGUGGGGAGGCGAGGCUGAGGGAGACAAGGAGGCCCUACGAGUGGACAACGCGAGGCUCAGGGGCGCCGUCCGGCGCCUCCAAGUCCCAAAGCAAUCCCACUUCGAGGAGCAGGAAUAUGCAGAAGCUGCCGCGAAUCUGGACGCGGUCGCGGCAAAACUGGCCAGAAGCUGCCCCACGGGCUGGUCCUUCCCUUGGAGGCUGCAGACGCGCAUCUGGCGGGCGCUGCUGCUGACAUCAUUCGAUUACGUCAGGGAGUCGGCGUCGUUCGAUCGGAAGCUUCGUGGAUGCUUGGCCCCAGUCUUGGGCAUCGGCCCGGGCCUGCACAUGGCCUGCACUGCCUGGGUUCACUUCCAGCGGUUUGUGGCCAGUGGGGUGUCCAAGGACGUGGCACAUGUGCAGCAUCUGUUGCGGCAGCUGAGGGAAGUUGCAGAGGCCUCCGUGCUGACGUCAGUGGAAGCUGAGGAGCAGCGGGAGCAGGAGCGGAGAUUUGCUGGGGAGGUGGCCAG